GUCUCGCGAUGGACCUCGGCUCAUCCCCUUUGUAAUCUGAUAUAUGUCCAGCAAAAGGACCUUCCUUCAUAACAGUCGUUCGUGCUUAUUCGGAUCUUAGAUAGAUCAACAAUACCUCACAUCUUUCGCAGACGAAGAAAAACAACACCUCUGUGAAUUGGGAAAGACAUAAUCUUGUCCUGCACAGAAAGAAGCCCAUCAUACUGAAAGCAAUUACACGUGGAAACCAUGUCCGAGAAGAACCCAUCACGCUCGGUCUUCGGACGCAAAGACUUUCUCUCCCUCAACAUCCAAGACCGCGUCCUCGCCCUAGAGGAACAAAUGAUCAAUGACCCCUCAUACUACGGCUUCGACACCCACGCCCUCCGCAACACCAACCUCAAACUCAUCGAGGCCACAGCCAACAACACCAAAUGGGAAAUGGACAUCCCCUCGCACCUCUGCAAUAAAUCCGGCAAUCUCCACGGCGGCGCCGCAGCGACGUUACUCGAUAAUUUGACGUCGACCGCUCUAUUGACGAUAGCUAAGCCCGGAUUCCUGGACGGAGGGCACGUCAGUCGCACACUCACAACGACUUAUCUGAGACCAGUGCCGAAGGACUCGCAUGUGACGAUAGAUUGCGAGGUCCAGUCGGCGGGAAGGCAUACGGCGAACAUCAUGGGGAAGGUGUACGUCAAUGGAAAGUUGUGUGUCACUUGUGUACAUGACAAGGCGGUCUUUCCCACCCCGAAUAAGGCUUCGAAGUUAUGAUUAUAAUCUUAGAGGGCGUUGUGGGAGACAGUGGAUCUGAUAGAGUCAAGAUGCACACCAGAGCAAUGCGGAUAGACUGGCUAUUGCACCUGAGAAGGGACAACAUCUUAAGUAAGGGUUUAGACCUGGAUAUGUGGCUGGGCAUCUCAAUUUAGAUAUGCAUACCGUUAUCCAUUUUGAAUUGGGGA